AUGGCAUUUGCGUGGAAAGCCUCAGGUCUCACCUACAACAAGUACUUGUCCGUCGCCGCACGAACUGUUCGAAGAAGUUUGAAAGAUGACAAACGAUUGGCCGCUGAGCGCAGAGGAGAGAUGGAAUUGAGAUUCGCCAAGUGGAACAACGGCAAGCAAGGCGAAAUCAAGAACGUUGCGGAGGCCAAUGCAGCAUCAAUGGCAGAGGCUACUUCAUCUUCUUAA